AUGGAUCGUGGCAGAGCACGCGGGGCGGGCGGGCGGCACUGCGGGCGGCUAGGGCGGGCGGGCCUCGCGUCUCGACUGAGAGACGCGCAGCAUCGCGCCGCCGCACCGCGCCGCCCCCGCGCCGCCGCCACCCCGCGCCCCCCGCACCCGCCGCGCCCUCCCGUUGCCUCGCAGCCCGCCCCGCCCCGCGCCGCCCCGCGUCGCGCCGCACUGUCUACGCCGCCUGCAACCUCAGCGGCCGCGCUACUCACCAACCCCACACAUACGCGAAAUAAAGUUGGCUUUACCCGUCAAAUGGCCUCCGCUUCUACUACCAAUUUAUAUCCGAGCAUUAACCUAUUUCGAACUGCGAUACGUGUGAGCUUUUUAAACUUUACAAGUCUAUUCAACAACACGCAUUUGUAUGAACUACCUCUGAAUGGAGCAAGAGAUAUUAUCGUAGUCCGAAUA